UUGGUAGCAAAUUGCGUCUACAAGCUGCUAGAAAAUCGAUCCAUGGCUAGCAGUGUCAAUGUGCGUACUGCCAUGACCAGUCUUCUGGCCAGUUUGAUUCGUCGCUAUGGCCAUAGUAUUGCCUGUUGUGUGAAACUGACACAACUGUUGCAGUGUUUCCCGCAUAUGGUCAAUUGUUUGACCUCCUUCAUUCGAUCAUUCAUGGAGGAAGAGAAUUUGACUGGCGUUGUACGCGAAUUGCUUAAGGAAAUAUGCAGUUACAGUGGAGCGGAUUUGGAACGAGAUGCACAAGCCACUCAGAAUUUCUCAGCGUUCUUGCUUGACAUCGCAGCAGCCUAUCCUCAGCUUGGCCAGUCCAUUUUACCACUAUUACGACCUCGUCUUGAUGAAGACCCUUACCAAAUGCGUAAUUGUGUCCUUGGUAUAAUUGGAGAAGUGCUCCCGAUGUUUGCUCGUCGUGAACAGCUGGAUCCCAAAGAAUCGUUACAACGAGAUCGACUAAUGGAUCUAUUACAAGAACACGUGCAUGAUGUGAAUGGGUACGUGCGUGCUAAGGCCCUACAAAUAUGGUAUGCUAUCGUAUCAACAAGGGGUUUGCCGGUUCGCCGCCAGUCGCAACUGACGGCGCUCCUAGUCGGACCCCAGGGAGCUAUGAUGGAUGUGUCCAGUUUCGCUCGACGUUACGCUUGCAAAACUCUUACGGCAAUGGUUUUGCAAAGUCCAGCUGCUAAGCUCACUCCCGAAGAGCUACAGCUUGUUCUUAACAAGGAAUUAAAACGCUUGGAAAGUUUGGAGGAACUGUUGACUUUAUCUCGUCGUCUUGCGAUUCCUUCACGGGCAAAUGUUUGUCCCUAUGAUGAAAACGAGGUUGAUCUGGCCCACUCGAGUUCAGAUCUCCAACCGAACCCCGAUGGAAAACCUGAGCACAAUAGACGAACGAAACCAACCAAACCUCAAAAGAAAAGAAAACGUAAACAAAUGUCAAAAAAACGGGAGAAGAAAGCUUCACACUCAGAUGACAAUGAAGAAACCGAUGAUACAAAAAACGAUGAUGACGACGACGACAAUGACGCUGCUUAUCAAAGCAACGAGAGUGGUUAUUCCGAAUCCGAAUCACAGAACGAAGAGGCUGAUAUAAAGGACGAGGCU